AUGGCAGGAAACGAUUGGAUAAAUAGCUACUUGGAGGCGAUUCUUGAUGUUGGGCCUGGGAUCGACCGUGAUAAAGUAAAAUCAUCUCUGCUGCUCCGAGAAAGAGGUCGCUUCAACCCCACCCGCUUCUUCGUCGAAGAGGUCAUCACUGGAUUCGAUGAGACCGAUCUCCAUCGUUCGUGGAUUCGAGCUGCGUCGAUGGGUGGGACUGAGGAGAGGAACACCAGAAUGGAGAACAUGAGCUGGAGGAUUUGGAAUUUGGCGCGCAAGAAGAAGCAGGUCGAAGCAGAUGAGGCCCGGUAUCGUGCUAGGCGUCGUCUUGAACGGGAAAAAGCACACAGAGAAGCAGCUGCUGACAUGUCAGAAGACCUAUCGGAAGGAGAGAAAGGGGAUGCUUUAGGUGAACUUCCAGCUCGUGCUGAUAGCAUUAGAGGAAGAUUGCCUAGGGUCAAUUCUAUUGAUGCGAUGGAGAACUGGGUUAGACAGCACAAGGAGAAGAAACUCUACAUCGUUUUAAUCAGCCUUCAUGGCUUGAUACGAGGGGAAAACAUGGAAUUAGGUCGUGAUUCUGACACUGGAGGUCAGGUGAAGUACGUCGUAGAACUUGCGAGGGCAUUAGGAAUGAUGCCAGGUGUUUAUAGGGUAGACUUACUAACAAGACAAGUAUCAGCUCCUGAUGUAGACCGUAGCUAUCGUGAGCCAAUAGAAAUGCUGAAUCCAAGAGGUUCAGACAACUCACAUCAGGAGCGUGGGGGAUGUAGCGGGGCAUAUAUAGUCCGUAUACCAUUUGGCCCAAAAGAUAAGUAUAUACCAAAAGAACGCCUUUGGCCGUAUAUACCUGAGUUCGUUGACGAUGCAAUGAAGCACAUUAUCCAAAUGUCUAAAGUUCUGAGUGAACAUGUUGGUGUUGGUGAACCAGUCUGGCCAGCUGCUAUUCAUGGACAUUACGCUGAUGCGGGUGACUCUGCAGCUCUUUUAUCUGGAUCUUUAAAUGUUCCUAUGAUCUUCACUGGCCAUUCACUGGGACGAGAUAAGCUUGACCAACUUCUAAAACAAGGAAGGCACUCAAGAGAAGAAAUUAAUGCUACCUACAAAAUAAUGCGGCGAAUAGAAGCAGAGGAUUUAACCCUCGAUGUUUCUGAAAUUGUCAUAACCAGCACAAGACAGGAGAUUGAGGAGCAAUGGCGUCUUUAUGAUGGCUUCGAUCCCGUCCUAGAAAGCAAAUUGAGAGCGAGGAUGAAAAGGGGUGUAAGCUGUCAUGGCAGGUUUAUGCCUCGUAUGGUUGUGAUUCCACCCGGAAUGGAACUCAAUCAUAUCGUUCCACCCGAUUUGGAUGAAGGAGAAAAGAACGAAGAUAAAUCUGCUCAUGACUCACCAAUUUGGUCUGAGAUCAUGCGUUUCUUCUCCAAUCCUCGCAAGCCUAUGAUACUCGCACUUGCCCGGCCAGACCCCAAAAAAAAUCUGACUACUCUCGUCAAAGCAUUUGGAGAAUGUCGCCCUCUCAGGGAGUUAGCAAACCUUACACUGAUAAUGGGAAAUCGAGAUGACAUUGAAGAAAUGUCUACAACAAAUGCUUCUGUGCUCUUUUCAAUCCUUAGGUUAAUAGACAAAUAUGAUCUAUAUGGUCAAGUGGCAUACCCUAAACACCACAAGCAGUCUGAGGUUCCUGAUAUCUAUCGUCUUGCUGCAAGAUCCAAGGGUGUUUUCAUUAAUCCAGCUUUUAUUGAGCCAUUUGGGCUUACUUUGAUUGAGGCGGCAGCUCAUGGUUUGCCUAUUGUUGCAACAAAAAACGGUGGCCCUGUUGAUAUCCAUCGGGUUCUCGACAAUGGUCUUCUAAUUGACCCUCAUGAUCAACAAGCCAUUGCUGAUGCUCUUUUUAAGCUUGUCUCUGAUAAACAACUUUGGGCAAAGUGCCGGCAGAAUGGGCUAAAAAAUAUUCACCUUUUCUCUUGGCCAGAGCACUGUAAGACUUACUUAGCUCGAAUAGCUACUUUGAGACCAAAACAGCCGAAAUGGCAGCAAAGUGAUGCUGAAGAUGAAGGUUCAGAAUCAGAUUCACCUCGUGAUUCCUCGCAAGAUGUGAAUGAUCUAUCACUGGACCUAAAGAUUUCACUGGACGGUGGAAAAACUGAAGAAAGUGUAAACCUUGAUAAUGCUUUAGAUAUCCCCAAACAAAAUACUGUCAGUGGAAAGAGCAAGAGAGAGCAUGCUGCGUUGACAUCGUUAAAGAACGUCGUUGACAGCACACGAAAAGUAGGGACAAUGAAUAAAGAAGACAUUAAUGCACUUAGCAAGUCUCUGUCACUGAGAAGGAGGAAAUACGUUUUUCUAAUUGCUUGUGAUGACAUACCAGAAAUUCUUGGAAUUCUCAAUAAAAUUAUGAAGGCAGUGCUGAAGGACAGGAAUGCUGGCAUGAUUGGAUUCAUAUUGUCAACUUCCUUGACAAUAACGGAGAUAAACUCUCUUAUAGCAUCAGGAAAUUUUAAGCCAUCAGAUUUUGAUGUUUUAAUAUGUAACAGUGGUGGUGAACUCUAUUAUCCAUCUGCAACCUCAGAGAAGAGUUCUACUGGACUUCCUUUUGUUGUAGAUUCACAUUAUCAAUCUCACACAGAUUAUCGAUGGGGUGGAGAGGAUCUAAGAAAGACAUUGGUUCGUUGGGUUUCUUCAAUCAAUGAUAAGAGGAAAGAAGAACUUGUAAUCUCUGAAGACGAAGCAGGAUCAACUGCACAUUGCUAUGCGUUUAAAGUGAAAGACCCAACAUUGCUUCCUCCAGUUAGGGAACUUCGGAAGCUAUUGAGGAUCCAAGCUCUUCGUUGCAAUGUUAUAUAUUGUCAAAAUGGGACAAGGUUGAACGUCAUUCCUGUCUUAGCUUCCAGGUGCCAAGCACUCAGGUACCUCUAUGUCCGUUGGGGAAUGGAUUUGUCUAAUGCCGUGGUAUUUGUCGGAGAAUGUGGAGACACCGACUAUGAAGGAUUGGUUGGAGGGAUCCACAAAACUGUGAUUCUAAAGGGUUAUGGUAACGGUGCGCGUAAGCUUCAUGAUGGCAGAAGUUAUCCACUCGAAGAUGUUCUACCUCAGGAAAGUGCCAGUGUCGUGCAGGCUGAAAUAAAGGAUAUCGAUGACAUACGUGCGUCACUGAAGAAACUGGGGAUCAUUUGCCAAUAG